AUGAUGACGAAGAAUUUGAAUGCUCCCGUAAAAGUACAAGAAAAGCCAGAUUACACAAAGUACAGUAAAACCACAAAACAUGCAAGAGUAUACCCAAAACCACAUUACAACGAAGUAGUGCCAAGUCCCGUUAGAGCCAUAAUAAAUUCACCAUUUAAAUGUGCUGAAGUUCAACGUUUUCAAGACUUCAUGAAAAACAGUUGUAACCGUUAUGGCGGAUGGGAUGAAUACAAUCAUAAUAUUUUUGUAAAUAUUUGGAGUAAACACUACAACGGUGACGAAGUAUUUGAUACGCCGCCAUUUUCGGACGUUACUUACAUUAGAUUUCAAGAUGAAGUUCUACAAAAGAUAUUUGGAGUAAAAGUUGAAGAUGUUAAAUCUCAUACGCAGUGGUAUGUCGAAUAUAGCAAUUUAAAAAGAUGCCAAGAAUUAGCUCUUAGCAAGUGGAGAGAAAACAAGAGAAAAAUAAAAAAUCCCAAGCAAAUUAACAAGAUGAGGGGUGAUAGUGUGACCUGUGAACGUACAAACUCUAAAGCUAGCACUAGAUUAUGCAAGAAAGAGAAAGGGAAUUCUGCAGUUGUUAACGGAAAUAAAACCAACGACCAAGCUUUGGAGUCCGGAAUGGAUAAACUCGUUCAGGAAUUAGAUUUGAGUGAUAACUGUACAGAAACAUUGGAUUUAAAUUUUAUUCUACAUAACAAUAUGUCAGCAAAUAAUGGUAGAAAUUUCAAACGAGCGCGUGAUACCUCUUCGACGAUAUAUAAGCCGACAGAACAAUGGAAAAGUCGAUGUCAAGGAAAAAGCGACAUCAUUGGCCAUCUUAACAUAGAUGAUAUGAAAAAACUGAAAACACCAAUAUGGCGUAUAGAUUUGAAAUAGUCACACUUGUAUUUGAUUAUACAAUGCAAUUUGUAUGUUUACCACAUUAUUAAUAUAACUACGUGUGAUUCUUAGAAUUUUAAUCUUACAUUGUUGUGACUAUUGCACCUCGGGACCAAGAAGAUACCGAUUGACACAUGAUUGUUUUGUGUUGGUGAUAUGGAUAGUUAAGAACGAUAAACAUACACGUGUUUUUUUUAAUGGUAGGGAUGUUUCAUGGAAGUUAAAUUAAACUCCUUAAUUCAUGUUUUGCAACAAAUGUAAUUCAACAAUUGAACUAAUUUAACAAAUAAAAAUACUUAAAUAAAAAUCUAACCCAUACAUAUUUACCGUUUUUGUUUUACAUUUAAUUCAUAAUGUAUUUCUGAAUAAUCUAAAAACCCGGUGGUAAAGCGGUAAAUGGUAAAUAUUAUAAUACUCAAAC